CCACAAACUCAAUAUUAAAGUCUGAUCAUGGUGAACGCCGAAAAUGAACACGAAUUGCCAUCUUAUUCAAGUGCAGACUUUGCCAAAAUGGUUCAAGGUCCACCUGGAUCACUUAGAUUCUUUCGCAACCGGAAUGGCCACUUUGAAAACGUGGCAGCUCUGGUCUCUACUAAAGAAGCUAUUGAGUUAAAUAAAUCCAAGUAUUUUCGAGGUAUCACUUCAGGCAGCAUAGGAAACUCUACACUUUAUAGUGACAGGGGAAAAAUCAAGUUGCACAAAGAAGAAGUAUGUGAUGUGAUCCUUGGAACAAAGGGUAGUACCACAGCGAGGAUUUUGACUACUGAUGAAGAUGAUAUAUUUUAUGAAACUUCUCCGGUUCAAGAGUGUUUUGACAGUAUUGGCACGGAAGACAAGCCCACAAUGUUUCCCAUACUCACCAAUGGGUUAAUACCUGAUAUGAAUUCUCCAGUUGAGGUCAUCAUUGAACCCACCACAAAGCCACUUUUACCAUACAAUGCUAUGUUGGAUUUGUCUGCUAUUAAUCACAAUGCUAAAAGCAUGAAAGUUUUUGGCCCUUUAUGCAAUGUUAUUGAUUACGAUCCAGAAGAGUUAAAUGAUGAGAAUGCAUUGCUAAACAUUCUUAAUGAAGAGAUUGUCGCCUCAAUGGAAGCCGAAACUGAAAAUGACCAUAGAAGCCAAAGCUCAGACAGAAGCAGAAUCGAAGAAGAAUCAUGGUGGUAUAAAGUUCGCUCUUGGUUCAAAGAAGAAGAAGAAGCAGCUUUUGAGCGGUAUUUCAACAAAUACCCUUGGGCGAAGUAUUUCCAGCGAUCAUUAAUUGAAAAUCCUAUUUCAGAUCUUGAAGAUUUCGAGAACUUGUUCACCAAGUAGAAUCUUGCUUCCAUUGAAUGAAGUUAUUAUAGAAUAUGUUUGUAGUAGUUUGUGGAAUCUGGUAAUUUAUCAAGUAAUAUGCCUCCAUUUUGUGGCACUGAAGCUUCCUGAAUCAUGUCUUUAGUAAUCUCCUGGAGUUUUCUUGUACUCCUAGGUCGCUGUAGAAUCGAUGUGGAACAAUAUAUAGAAGCACCUUGCCAAGAACCAAGGGAUUUGAUUCCCCGAACUUCGCUGGAAAUAGAAGCAUUCUGUCUUAAGGUAUUCAAGACGUGGGAUUUCAACCCUGGUAUGUUACUGAGCGCACCUUCGAAGACAAUGUUGUUCAACAAGGUUGGCCGAUUAUCAACCAGGGCUUGAAAGAUGACUCUUUCUAUAACACCAAGCACAGUUAGAAGAAGCUGAGAAACAAUCCGUGUUCUGACGGACCCAGGAAUAGAGUAUCCUUCAAGUUGGACAAGCUCCUCCUCAAUCUGACCAAUGCAAACAUAGUCAACAAUAAAUUGUUCCACAAGUUCAAAGAAGCUUGUAUCUGUGAUAAUCUCAUGAUCCAACUCAAUGAGAUAUUCAGCGAUACAGUAGUGUAGAUUUUCACCUGUGAGUCCACCUUUAUUUUCAACCUCCGAGAUUAUUCUAUAGUCAGCUAAAGAGCAUACUCUAAAAGAAGACCAAUUAAACUCCACCACAAGUCCAUCACAAGAGUUUGCCGAAAUUAGCGACAAAAUUGGACUAGGUAUAAACUGUACAGACUUAACUCCAAACCUCGUCAACAUUAUUUUGCAUAUGUAAAACCUUUCAAGUUGGGAAAAUUUGCUGUUCAGUAUAAUGAUUUUGCAGCUUGAUAGCAUUAAUGGAAAAUGCUGAAAAAUUGUGAGAAGAUUCUCAUGUAAACAUAUCUCAUCAACUGUAUGCAUCCAAAGACUCAGGUCUUGCCGAUAUACCUGAAUCAACCUUUUAAUUGGAUCAUGUAUUUGUCUUAUAAUACAAUUAGUCUGAUUCGAAUCCAAAGAAUGGUCAUUCAAGUGUAGAAACCAGGGGAAAUUCUCCGCCGGACUAUAGCCACUGUUCCUUACAGUUACCAAUGGUAACUCAAUACCAGCUUUCCCCGCUCUUAUAAAACGAGAGCCAAUGUCAAAUAUCAAAUAGUUGGGUUCAUUAGACAUUCAAUUUAUCUCCGAGAAGCAAAUCUAUAUAUUUUU